GAAGGCUGUUGGAGGGAUGAGCCAAUAAGGCUCAGAAAAGGCUCUUCCGUUGAGGCCGAACGCCUGUGGGACGGACUUCCGUUGCCCUGCUGGCGGGCAUAUUGUCUGCGCUCAGAAGCACCUCACGGGUUAGAGUCACUGAGCGCUGCGCCGAGGUGGAGAUGCCGUUGCAAGAAAUCGGAAAGGCCUGCUUGCCGCGUCACGAACGCGACUGUGAGGCUCCGUGAGUCCGCCCCUGUGACCCGCGCCUGGUCCGGGAUGGAGACCGUGGUGCCCGGCGCCACCGCCUCGCCCGCGGCUCCUGCCUCAUCCCGGCCGUGGAAUCUGAUGGCAGCAACCGCGCCUUCUGUCCCACCCGGGCCACAGAGUGUGAUGGCAGCGACCGCCCUGAGGCGCUCGGCUGAGAUUGUUGUGACCUUUGAGGAUGUCGCCGUGCAUUUCUCCAGGACAGAGUGGUGCCUCCUUGAUGAGGCUCAGCGACGACUGUACCUUGGUGUGAUGCUGGAGAACUUUGCUCUUAUAUCUUCAAUGGGUUGCUGCUGUGAACCAGAGGAUAUGGAGGCACCCAUUGAACAGAGUCCAUCUGUAAGGGUCUCACAGUGUAAGAAGCCCAGGUCAGUUGUGGCUCCCUGGAGGAGCCACCCCUGUGAGAGUUGUGGGCCCGUCUUGAGAGACAUUUUCCUCUUGGUUGACCAGCAGGUAACACAACACAGCUCGACACUGCUGAGGUGCGGUGCAUGUGCAAAAGCAUUUUAUUUCAAUGCACAGAGUCACCAGCACCAGGAGGAGGACACAACAAAGAAUUGUUUCUUAAGCAACGUGGACAGAGUCUCACUUGCAGAGAGCUGCAAUUACCAUGUGUCAUGGAAGCCUUGUACCUCUACUGAGGUUGAAAAGAGCGUUCGCAUCAGCUCAGGACAUCUAGAGCAAGUGGCUACUCACACCAUGCACAGGGAAAACAAAAUCUCUAAGUCUAGAAUGACUUUUCAAAGCAGAAAACAUUGUUACAACCAAACAGAAUGCAAGAAAACCAUUGGCCAUGAUCACACACUUGUUGAGGACCACAAAUCCCUUACUGGAAGACAUUGUAUUUUGUGUUGUGAAUGUGGGAAAUCUUUUACCCAUAGUUCUGCCCUCUGUGAUCAUCAGAGAGUUCACAAUGGGAGUUCACAUGAACGCAGUGAAUGUGGAGAAUCUUUUACCAGUGGCUCUGACAUCUGUGAACAUCACAGAGUUCACACUGGAGAGAGACCUUUCGAGUGUGGUCAACAUGGAAAAUCUUUUACCAGUAGAUCUGACCUACAUGAGCAUCACAGAGUUGACACUGGAGAAAGACCUUAUGAGUGCACUGAAUGUGGAAAAUCUUUUACUCGUAGUUCUUCCCUUCGUUAUCAUCAGAGAGUUCACACUGGAGAAAGGCCUUAUGAGUGUGGUGAAUGUGGAAAAUCUUUUAACAGUAGCUGGGCGCUUCAGCGUCAUUACAGAGUUCAUACUGGAGAAAGGCCUUAUGAGUGCAGUGAAUGUGGAAAAUCUUUUAACAGUAGCUGGGCACUUCAACGUCAUCGCACUGUUCACACUGGAGAAAGGCCUUAUGAGUGUGGUGAAUGUGGAAAAUCUUUUCACAUUAGCUGGGACCUUCGAUGUCAUCACAGAGUUCACACUGGUGAAAGGCCUUAUGAGUGCAAUGAAUGUGGGAAAUCUUUUUCCAGUAGCUCUGCCCUCUAUAAACAUCAGAGAAUUCACAUUGGAGAUAGGCCUCAUGUGUGCGGUGAAUGUGGAAAAUCUUUCACCAGUCGCUCUGACCUCCGUAAACAUCACAGAGUUCACACGGGAGAAAGGCCUUAUGAGUGCACUGAAUGUGGAAAAUCUUUUAAUCGUAGCUAUGCCAUUCGUAAUCAUCAGAGAAUUCACACUGGAGAAAGGCCAUAUGUAUGCAGUGAAUGUGGAAAAUCUUUAACAUGUAGCUCUGCCCUCCGUUAUCACCAGAGAGUUCACACUGGAAACAGGCCUUAUGAGUGUGGUGAUUGUGGGAAAUCUUUUUUCAUUAGCUCUGCCCUCCGUUAUCAUCAGAGAGUUCACACUGGAGAAAGGCCUUAUGAGUGCAGUGAAUGUGGGAAAUCUUAUACCAGAAGCUCUGCCCUCUAUAAACAUCAGAAUUCACACUGGAGGAAGGCUAUAUAAGUGUGGUGAAUGCGGGAAAUGAUUAUACCUGUAGCUCUGCCCUCCACUGUCAUCAGUGCAUACACGCUGGAUAAUAGCCUUAAGAAUGAGCUGAGUGUAGGAAAUCUUUACCAAACUGGUAUCUGUUGUCAAAGAGUUCACACUGGAUAAAUGCUUAAUGAGUGCACUGAAUGGGGGAAAUCCUUUACCUGUAUCAGUCACCUUUAAUAGCAUAAAAGAGUUCACACAAAAGAAAUACCAUGUGAAUGUGGUGAAUGUGGGAAGUCUUUUUCUCUGUAGCAUUAACCUUCAUUGUCAUCAGAGAGUUCACAGAAUGGAGAAUGGCCUAAUGUCUGCAGUGAAUGUGGGAAAUGUUUUUCUUCCAUCAGUAUUUUACAAUAUUUUGAGAGAGGUUACACUGUAAAAAUGCAUUUUGAGUGAUGUGAACAUGAGAUAUUUUUUACCAGUCACCAUUGUCUUUGUGGUCAUUGGAGAAUUUACAAAUCUAAAUUCCUCUAAAAAAAUUUGGGAAAUCUUAAUUUUUUUUAUCCAUUUCUUUUGUUAUCUUCUGAAAAAUCACACAGGAGAAAGAUUUUUUUGUAUACAUGCAAUAUGAGAAAUUGUUUUUCUUGUAGCUCUAGCUUCCGUUAUAUUCACAGAUGUCAGUGUGGUGAAAGGCCUUAUGAAUACAGUGAAUGUGAGAAAUUCUUUGUAUCCUUUCUUAUCAUCAGAUUUUACAUAGGAGAUAAGCCUUAUGGGGACAUGAAAUGUUGGAAAUCAUUUAUGUCAUAGUCAUGGCCAGCAUAAGCGCAGUUCACACUGGUUAAAGGCUUCAAUGAUGAAGUGAACAUCAGAAGUCUUUAUCUCUAAGAACAUACCUUUCAGACAUUGGCAAACUCAC